GCGGGGAGAGACGUUGGGAGAGGCUGAGGACCGCACUGGAUGCUCCCGAUCUCGGGGGCGACGGAGAGAGCGAAUCCAGAUGGGAAGACCGGGGAGGAAACCGAGAGGCCGAGCCGGGCCUGGACUCUUUCCAUUUUCAAGAGAGGAGCCCAGACGUCGAGGCUCGCCUCCCGCAAAUCUCAAAGCCAUGUCUAAGGGACCAGUGUCAUUCAAGGACGUGACUGUGGACUUCACCCAGGAGGAGUGGCAGCGACUGGACCCGGCCCAGAAGGCCCUGUACAGGGACGUGAUGCUAGAAAACUACUGUCAUUUCAUCUCUGUGGGAUUUCACAUAACAAAACCUGAUAUGAUCCGCAAGUUGGAACAAGGAGAGGAGCUGUGGACAGAGAGAAUUUUUCCAAGUCAGAGCUAUCUAGAAGAGGAAGAGGUUUUGGUGAAGUUCAGUGACUGCCAGGACAAGCCUCCUAAAUCAAUUGUAAUCAUCAAUCACAAGAAGCUAAUUAAGGAGAGAAGCAACAUUUAUGGGAAAAUACUAGGCAAGAACCAUCUUAUUUCCAAAACUCGAUUUGAGUAUGAAUCUGAUGGGAAGGUUUUGAAAAAUAUCUCAGAAUUCAUCAGUAGAGAUAUAAGCCCUGCAGUGGGGAGGUUGGGUGGCGGUAAUGACUGGGAGGACUCAAUCCUGACUUCGAAACAGGUGAGAACUCAUCCCACCUCGACUCUCUAUAAACAAAUUGGAAGGGAUCUGCGCUCUGAACGGGAGCUCACUCAGCUCCAGAAGACUCAGAUUCCAGAGCAGCGGUUUGGAUAUAAUAAAUGUGACAGCUUCUUUAUGACAGGACUGGCAUUUCCACAUGACAGAGCUCACAAAGGAGGCGGGACCUUCAACUACAGUAAAGAUGAAAUCUCUUUUUUUGAGAAGUCAGACCUUGGUAUUCAUCCACAUAAUCUUAUGGAAAAGAAAUGUUCUGCAUACAACAAAUAUGGCAAACUCCUUUGCAGACAGUCAGUGUUCGCUCUGCACCCCAGAUCUCAGAUGGGUGAUAGGCCCUUCCAGUGUCCUUUCUGUGGGAACAGCUUUAGAAGGAAGUCCUACCUGAUCGAGCAUCAGCGGAUCCACACAGGGGAGAAGCCCUAUAUUUGCUGUCAGUGCGGGAAAGCCUUCCGUCAGAAGACGGCUCUGACACUCCAUGAAAAAACACAUACAGAGGGGAAACCCUAUCUCUGUGUGGACUGUGGAAAGUCCUUCCGCCAGAAGGCGACCCUCACCAGACACCACAAAACGCACACGGGGGAGAAAGCCUACGAGUGCACUCAGUGUGGGAGUGCCUUUGGAAAGAAGUCCUACCUCAUCGACCAUCAGAGAACGCACACAGGGGAGAAGCCCUAUCAGUGCGCGCAGUGUGGGAAAGCGUUUAUCCAGAAGACCACACUCACGGUGCACCAGAGGACUCAUACAGGGGAGAAACCCUACAUCUGCAGCGAGUGUGGGAAGUCCUUCUGUCAGAAGACAACCCUGACCCUCCAUCAGCGGAUCCACACUGGGGAGAAGCCCUACAUCUGCAGUGACUGUGGGAAGUCCUUCCGUCAGAAGGCCAUCCUCACCGUGCACUACAGAAUACAUACAGGAGAAAAAUCCAAUGGCUGUCCCCAGUGUGGGAAAGCCUUCAGUAGGAAAUCAAACCUCAUUCGCCACCAGAAAACUCACACGGGAGAAAAACCCUAUGAAUGUCAAGAGUGUGGAAAAUUCUUUAGCUGUAAAUCGAACCUUGUCGCCCACCAGAAAACUCACAAGACAGAAACCAUGAGAUUUCAGUGAGUGGUGUACUUUUAUUUAUUUAUUUAUUAAUAUUUUUGAGACAGGGUCUCAUUAUGUAGACUUGGCUGGCCCAGAACUUGGUGUGUAGACCAGGCUAGUCUCAAACUCUUAAGAGAUCUGCCUGCCUCUGCCUCCCAAGUGCUGGGAUUAAAGGUCUAUCCCACCACAUGGGGUUUUCUGGUUUUUGACUUUAAGUUUUUUUGAUACUGAGUGCUUUCAGCUUCUAUCCAUUUACUACUUGGUAACCCAUCACACGCAGAGAUACUACUGCAUAAACUAAAUGACAGAAAAGAAUUUGCAAAUGAAGGCUUCGUGUUUUAAUCACUAGAUUCAGUAGACUACACUGACCUCUGAUAAAAUACUAUAAAUGUUCUCAUUUGCUUUUCAACCUCAGUCCAUACAUUCCUUUUGAAUCAGUAAUAGACCACUGACCAAAUGCAUUGCGUCCAGUGGAAUAAAAGUUAGUUGUUGCCCCUCAAAUUUAACCAUAGCUCUGACUUCUAAAACUAUAAGCUAGGUUUUACACAUUAUAAAUCUUUAUGUAAAGUUGGAUUAUUAGUAUAUGGUCUUUCAUAACACAGUUGGUUCCACUCAUUAUCUCUGGGACUGUCAUGAGUGCACGGGCAGAAGUUUAUUCUAUAUAGAAUUCCAUUACAUGCCUAUAUCUCUUACCCAUUCUGCUAUUGGUAGACUUUUACAUUGUGUACUGCUUAUGGCCAUAAUAAAAAGGUGCAUGUGUGCACUUUUCUGUGUACAUUCAAGGAGUGGAAUCACGGAGUCGUGGGGCAUAUGUAUAUGUAUAUUCAGUCAGCUUUGGUAGAUAGUACCAUGCAAUUCAAAAUGCCCAUGGCAUGAGAUACAGCUACAGAUAUUCCCAAUAUGAUAGUGGUUCAAGUGACAGAAUUCUGGAAUGGAUCAAGAGAUGGCUCAGCAGUUAAAGGGAACUUGAUGUUUUUGCAGAGGACUUGGUUUAGUUCCCAGCACCCACUUAGUGGCUCACAACUGGCUGUAUUAGCAGUUCAGAGGAUCCAGCACUGGCGUCUGGCCUCUGCAAGAACCAGGCAUUCCUGAGGUUGUACACACAUGCAGGCAGAGCAGUCAUUGACAGCCCCACAGAAAUCACGUUAGAAGGGAACUCUGGCAAUAUUACUGGGGAAGCAGGAUAAGCGUAGAGUGUGUGAGCAGAAGCGCUUAGCGGCAGCCAGGCCUUAAUAUUGUAAUGCGACAGACUUGGAAUUGCCUUCAGCCACAGCUAAGACCUUAUUCGGAAAGUAUGAAGGAGACAAGCACUGAGCAUUUCCUUUGCUCAACGCUGGGAAACCUAUAGGACUGUUGAAAUUAGAGGUGGGUGGGAAACCACAGCGUUUACCCAAGGCCUAUAGACCCUUCUACUCACACUCAAAUGAUGGAGUGUGUGUGUGUGUGUGUGUGUGUGUGUGAGAGAGAGAGUUUGUGUGUUAUGUGAAAGUGUAUGAGUGUGAGUGGGUGUGGUGUGUAUUCCAGGGAACAACUUCAGUUCUCAGAAGGUGUCCAUCUUGUUUUUUUAAGAAGGGUUUCUACCGAUUGAAGCUCAGCAAAUGCCCCCGCUGCCCAGCCAGUGGACCCUGUGUAUCUCCCAUCUCCACCUCCCCACCUCUAGGGACACCAGCUUGUGGCACCAUGCCUGGGUUCUCAUGGCUUCUGGGAGCGAACGAUGGUACUCACACCUACCUGCAUGGCAAGCACCUUACCAACUGAACUAUCUUCCCAGCCUCUACAUAUCCCAACUCUGCACCAAGUAAAACUACAUACAAAGGACAUGCCGUGGUUAAUGCAGAGGGAACAAGUCUAGUGUGGAGCCCCAUGAACCAAUGAGAAACAGGAAAUUACAGGAUAGGCAGGAAGCACAGACACGGCCUUCUAGGAUGCACUUUUAAAUGUCUUAAGGAAAGUCUAAGUGGACGUUUAUGCCUUCGUAACUGCUAACGUGUAGGCUGCUACUUGGGAGAGUUGAUGCCGGUUUUUUGAAUUUCAAUGUGAGAGGAUGCUAUAGUUUGAAUCUGAAAUGUACUACCAAAGGCUCACAUUAAAGGCCUGCCUGCCAGCUAAUGAGCUUUUGUGAAGUGAUUGGCUUCUGGGGGGACUCUGGCCUCAUCAGUGAGUUACAAGCCUUGAUGAAAUUAAUAGUAGGGUCAUAUUUGGAGGAGAUAGUUCACUGGAGGCUGUUAGGAGAAAGCAUUGAGAUGGGUACUUGAGUAGGUCUGUGCCAUAGCAUGCCAGUAAGAGAUUACGCCAAGCAACGUAGCUAGUAUAUGAGGUUUAUUGGGAGAGAGUGAAAGGCCCCCUGAGAGUGGGGAUAUGAGAGUCAGAGACGACAGAGAAUGAUCAACACAGUUUGACGGAGACAGUGAUCGGGUGGCGCCUGGUGCACUUGUCCACGGCUGUUGCUAGGUCCCUGAGGACAGGCCCUGGGAAAACACCUUGUCUCUGGCUCCUCCUCCCCGCUGUCUGUGCAUUCCUUUUCCACUGUGUGAUGAGCAGCUGUCAGGUCUGCCCGGAAGCGGUGAGGCCGCGUGGCCAGCACCUGAAACUGUCAGCCAAAGCCAGUCUCGCCUCCAAAGUGCUCCUUUGUGCAUUUUCUUUCUUUUUAAAAUUGGAUUUGUCUAAGUGAUUAAAAAUACCUGAGUGCACCAGGCUGUGUUCCAUAGCCUGGGCUAUGCACUGCUUGGGGAUGUCUUAUGAAGUUGAGAGAGGCUAUUUUCACAUUGAUUUUUAGAGAUUUUCUCCUUAGAUAAAUAGGUGAAAGGAGUUUUGAACUUGGAUUAGUUGCUCCGUUGUGUUGUUUGGGCAGCUGUGAUGAACGAAGAUGGUUCUAGAACCCAUGCCUACUUACCCUACAAUCUUUGCAUAUUCACGUUUUAGACACCUAAGAGUGUUUGUAUGUUGUAGGACAAUGAGCGGGGAAUGAGAUGGCCAAGAUUUUAUAACUGGGAAGUAGUUGUUCUUCCGCAGGUUAGUGCCUACCGGCUAGCGGGACGUCAGUAUCUCAAGCCUGAAAGGUUUAGACGUUUCUGGCCUCCGUGCUCUAUGUAUGGUUACAUACACCGGGACUGAGUAUUUAGAACUACUUACUAAGGAGAGGGAGGAGAGGGCGGGGCUGCAGGGAGAUGACGGCCAGUGUUCACAUGUGAAGGCAUGUAGCUUAUGUAGAUGCCUAGGCUGGACACUGGCCAGCAUACAGAAGCAUGUGUGAGUUUUCUUUCAGGCCUUUAGCUCCUCCCUCCAACAUGCUUGCCUUAAACAGGAUGUCAUAUAGCCCAGGCUGGCUUCCAUCUCACUAUGUCAUAUAGUUCAGGGUGUUCUCCUCCUGCUGUCUCUCCCAAGUCUUGUGAUUACAGAUAUGUCACUAUACUCAGCUUAUAAGGUCAUCCAACCUUUGUAAGGCUGUGCUCUGUGGUGGCUCAAGUAGGAGUGGCCCCCAUAGACACCUGUGUUUGAAUGCUUGGCCAUACGAAGUGGCACUACAAGAAGUGUGGCCUUGUUGGAGGAAGUGUGUCACUGUGGAGGUGCCUUUGAGUUCCCUUAUGUUCAAGCUAUGCCUGUUGUAGCACAGUCUCCUGCUACCUGCAAAUCAAGAUAUAGCACUCUCAGCUUCAUCUCCAGCACCAUGUCUGCCUGCAUGCUGCCACGCUUCCCACCAAGACAGUAAUGGACUAAAGCUCUGGACCUGUAAGCCAGCUCCAAUUCAAUGUUUUUCUUUGUAAGAGUCAUGGUGUCUCUUCACAGCAAUAAAACCCUAAGACAGUGGUCUACAGAGUGAGUUCCAGGACAGCCAGAGCUAUACAGAGAGACCCUGUCUCAAAAAACAAAAACCAAAAAAAACCCAAAAAACAAACAACAACAAACAAAAAACCCUAAGACAGGCUACUAUCAUUUCAAAAGACUCAAGAUCCCACAGAACAUACCCUAUCAUACUUUGUUUAAAAGCAAGGAACGUGAGAUGGGGGAGGGGAGCUGUGAGCUGCCUGCUGUUCCUAGCACUAAGUACUAUUCCACAGCCUUCUGUCUCUCGUCUGAAUGCUGUAUGAAGGUUUGCUUUGUGAGUGCUCAAAGCACAAGCUCUCUGCAGGCAUCCUUAGCUCACUAACCCCACAGUCAAGCCAGGCUAGCUGGUGGUGACAUGGUGAAAUGCACCAAUAAGUAAACUAACGGUUUGGGGUGAGGGUGGGGCAUGAGACACCAGAGCUGUGCAGCCCAACAGUACAUUAAAGCCAUCUUCGAGUAUGGGUUUCCUGGUGAGAUGUGAGAACAAACGUGAUUCUUUUCUCUCUGUGUGCCCAUCUGUUAAUGAACAGUGCAUCUCAAGCAUGCAUCUGUCUUUGUGAGAUGUUUUCCCAGUACAGGCUGAAGUAGCCAGGCUUCCAGUGUCAUACUUCCCAAGAAAUAAGAAACAGCAGAUGGUAACUGGCCUCAGCUUUUGUCUCCACCAACCACCUCUGGGAUGUUCAACCAUUUGAAAUAGUUACAGUUUUCAACCCCCCGGUAUGUGGACAGUAGAAGAGGCUGGCUGGCUAUGGCACAAGGUCCUCUGUAUUGCCACAAGAACUGCCAAGUAGCUGAGCCACCCUGGAAAACAAGUUGUUAAUCUCUUAAAAAGUUAAAACAGACUGUUGUGGGCCUCGGAGAGCCAUGGCAGGUUCUAGGCAAGGGAGGAACAAACCUUCUUUGACCUCCUCACAGCCUGGGAAAGCUGAUGCUUUCAGAGCAAAAACAGAUGGGGCUGGAGAGACUGCUCAGUGGGUAAGAGCCCUGAUUGCUCCUCCAGAGGUCCUGAGUUCAAAUCCCAGCAACCACAUGGUGGCUCACAAUCAUCUGUAAUGGGAUCCAAUGCCCUCUUCUGAUAUUUCUGAAGACAGUGACAAUGUACUCACAUAAGAUAAAUCUUCUUUUUAAAAGUGGAAGCAGAAGCCAGGGAGGGAGAGGCAGGUGGAUCUCGGAGUUUGAGGCCAGCCUGGUCUACAGAGUAACCAGGGCUAUACAGAGAAACCCUGUCUCAAAAAAACAAAAACAAAAAAGCCCUUAAAAGUGAAAAAAAAAAAAAGAAAAAGAAAAAGAAAAAAAUGUUCAAUAGAAAAAAAACAAAGGUUAAAACAUAUAGUUCCAUGUGACCCUGAAAUUUCACUUGUAUCUUUCUAUACUUUGGAUAAAUGUAAACAUCUUUACAAAAGAAAUGCUAAUGGACAAUGUCACAGAUAGUUACUGGGAAUUUGAAAAGAGCCAAGUGUUCUUCUGUGGUAAAUGUGUAUGUUGUGUCACACGAGCAAAUGGCCAGCACAGCACUGAGACUGUUAGGGUACGCACUGCUCAGCUGUGCUGAUGAACUUCAAAGGGAUUAGGCUAGAAGCUGAGCUGUCUAAAGGUUACAAGUUGUAGGAUUCCACUUAUAUGACAUUCUGAAGAUGGCAAAACCUUAACUGAGAAUAGGGUAGAGUUCACUAGUGUUUGGCAUGGGGAGGAUCUUGGGACAGAAGCAAUGCACGAGGGUGUCCUUUGAGGUGUUGGAGUGGUUUCAGGUUCUCAUUAUGGUCAGAUACAAAAAUGUACAAAUGUAUACAAUUGUAAAUAGAUGCACAAAAUAAA